CUUUUUUUUGCUUUGAUUAAUCAUUGAACUGAAAAUCAUUUAUAAUAUUUAUUGAUUACAUUUUCUGGGUUAAAAAUUGUUAUAUUAUCUGUUUUAAUAUGAGUGAAAAUAGACGCAUGCGCUUAUACACAUUCACGAGUUCAAGUUCGACGUUUUUUUAGUCAUCGCGUUUCAGUGCAACUAUUAUUUUAUGCGUGUGACAUUUUAUUAAACAAAACCUUUUGUUUAAGCUUAAUUUAGCUUUUGAAAUUUCAUUGCAAACAUUUUUCAUGUAGAAAUUAGGUUUUCUUUUCAAAAAAGUGUCAAUAUCUUUAAAGAUAUAGGUAAAAUAAUAAAAGUGCAAUUAAGAAGUUUGCAGUUAUUAUAAAUGGAUUAAACUUGAGCAAAAUGUCUACAAAUUGUAAUUAUAAUAAUUAUCGUUACUGUUCUGCUACAAGAAUGCACAUAAAUGGAAUUAGCAGAGAACAAAUUUCAGACAGUGAUAUGGCAGAGUUGAGUGAAUUAGAUGAUGAUGAGGGCAAUGAAGAUGAUAUUGAUGAAGAACAUGAUGAUGAUGAAGAUGAGGAAGGAAACUCUCUUCCUUAUCCCGGCUUUGCUCCAAUAGCUCUUCGUUAUCUUCGACAAAACACAAAACCCCGUAAUUGGUGUCUUGCAUUAAUUACUAAUCCAUGGUUUGAAAGAGUGAGCAUAAUGAUAAUACUUUUAAAUUGUCUCACACUUGGAAUGUACCAGCCAUGCGUGGAUGAUCAAUGUGAGACAAAUCGGUGUAAAAUUUUACAGAUGUUUGAUGAUAUUAUCUUUGCUUUCUUUGCCUUGGAGAUGACAAUAAAAAUGGUGGCAAUGGGUUUAUAUGGUAAAGGGUCAUAUCUUGCAGAUUCGUGGAAUAGACUUGACUUUUUUAUCGUAGCUGCUGGAAUAUUGGAAUAUUGUUUAAAUGUGGAAAAUAUGAAUUUAUCUGCGAUUCGUACUAUAAGAGUCUUACGACCGCUUCGAGCGAUUAAUAGAAUUCCAAGUAUGAGGAUUCUAGUAAUGCUGUUGUUGGACACACUGCCAAUGCUUGGAAAUGUUUUAUUACUUUGCUUUUUUGUUUUCUUUAUCUUUGGCAUCGUUGGGGUUCAGCUUUGGGAAGGAAUAUUACGACAACGCUGUUUUCUAAAAGCUAUACCGACUGUGAGAUACCCAGACUGGUUAAGAAAGUACUUUGAAUAUCAAGGACAAGAUUAUAUUUGCUCUAAACCUGAGGACAAUGGAAUGCAUAGUUGUCAUGAUUUGCCUUCUUUAAAAUUCGAUAAUAUCGAAUGUAACCAUACAGCUUUAGUAAAUAGUAAUAUAACUUUCAUCAAUGAUAAUAAUUGUGUUAAUUGGAAUUAUUAUUAUACUGAAUGUAAGGGACAAGGAAACAAUCCUUUUCAAGGCACAAUAUCAUUUGAUAAUAUUGGACUGGCCUGGGUUGCAAUAUUUCUCGUCAUCAGUUUAGAGGGAUGGACAGAUAUAAUGUAUUAUGUGCAAGAUGCUCAUUCUUUCUGGGACUGGAUUUAUUUUGUCCUUCUUAUAGUGAUUGGUUCUUUCUUUAUGAUUAACUUGUGUUUAGUCGUUAUUGCUACACAAUUCUCUGAAACUAAGAAGCGAGAAAUGGAAAGAAUGAGAUUAGAAAGAGCACGCUUUCAAUCAACCAGCACUCUUGCAUCAUCUACGAAUGUAUCUGAGCCAACUACAUGUUAUGCAGAAAUUGUAAAGUAUAUUGCACAUCUUUGGAGACGGGGUAAGAGAAGAUUAAUGAAACGAUAUCGAUUGUAUUUGUACAGUAAGCAACAAAAGCAAGAUGAAAUUUUGUUAAAGGAUAAACUUGAACAAUGUCAAGCAACUGAAAGUGGAAUAAAGAAAUUACACAGUAGCAAUAUUUUUUGUGGAGCAACAUCAAAACUUAUUACUGUUUUGGGAAGUAAGGAACAAAAUGGAAAACCAUUUAUAGCACCUCAUGCGAGCCCAGAAAUAUCUGAAAUUGAGCACUCCGCUAUAAUGUAUCAACGUACUGGUAUUUAUCGACUACAUUCAAUUUCAAAUUGCAGUGAGUCUGUCAACAGUACAACUCAGAUAAAUAAUAGUUUGCUAAGUCCUCCUAGUGCCAAUUUUCGAAGAAGAAGCAGUGUAAUGUUCAGUGAUGUGAUUUUACUUCAUGGAGGAAGUGUUCAUACAUUACCAGGCUCAGUUGCUUUAGCAGACAGCAAUGUUUGUUGCAAUGAAAAGAUGACACAAACAAGUGAUGGACAUGUGUGGUUAAUCCCACUUUCUAAAAAUUUGCAGACCGUAAUAAAACGAAGAGAGGCGAUGUCUUGUCAAGAGUUACUUGCACUAAGUGGAGCUUUCAGUGCUGCUUUACCUACUGGACAGUUGGCACUUGAUUCGUUUUUAAAUACAUUUAAAAAUGGUAUAAAAAAGAGUCAAAUAGUUAAUGAUUCACAAUGGUUUAAUGAAGUGAAUAACUGCUCGUGCUGUUAUGCUUCACGAGAACAACAAUGGCCCAAUCGAAAUUUAAAGUGUCAAAUAUUACCUGCUGGACACAUACUUAAAGUUGUGGCUAACGGAUGUAUUUACAUUUUGUGUUAUUUGCGUCAGUGGGUUAAAAGAUUUGUCGAUAGUAAAAUAUUUCAACAAGGAAUUCUUUUAGCGAUUCUCAUCAAUACACUCAGUAUGGGUAUUGAAUACCACAAUCAACCUGAAGAAUUAACUGUUCUUGUUGAAAUAAGUAAUAUUGCUUUUUCUGCAGUAUUUGCUGCAGAAAUGUUACUAAAAAUCAUAGCAGAAGGACCAUUUGGAUAUAUAAGUAAUGGAUUUAACGUUUUUGAUGGUAUUGUUGUUAUCUUAAGCGUUGUGGAAUUAUGUCAAGCUUUUGUCGAAGAACGAGGGGGUAGCUCAGGGCUCAGUGUUCUCAGGACUUUUCGACUAUUAAGAAUUUUGAAACUUGUUCGUUUUAUGCCUAACUUACGUCGUCAACUGUUUGUAAUGUUACGAACAAUGGAUAAUGUUGCAGUUUUCUUCUCAUUAUUGGUGCUUUUCAUUUUUAUAUUCAGCAUUUUAGGUAUGUAUCUUUUUGGAGGAAAAUUCUGCAUGUGGAUAGAUCGUACUAGACCUUGUACUUGUGCUGAAGUCGUGGCCCGUCAUCCAAUGUGCCAAUGUGACCGAAAGCAUUUCAACGAUAUUGUUUGGGCUCUCGUAACAGUUUUUCAAAUUCUCACUCAAGAAGAUUGGAAUGUUGUUCUUUUUAAUGGAAUGCAAAAAACUUCUCAUUGGGCUGCUCUGUACUUUGUCGCUUUAAUGACAUUUGGAAAUUAUGUUUUAUUCAAUUUGUUAGUAGCCAUUCUGGUAGAAGGAUUUUCUUCUGAGAGAAAUGAAAGACGGGAGAGGGAACAACGGGAGUUAGCAAGACUUGCUGCACAGGAAUGUACAUUCGGUAGUGAUGAAGGGUUAUCUAGGAUAUCUGCUUUCCACUCCUUUACAGAUAGUGACACUUAUACUCAGGAUAGUAAGCAGGAUUUCAGGAAAAUGAGAGAAAAUUGCGAACAGGACAAUUAUAUUAAUGUACGGAAACAAUUAUCCAGUGUAAAGUAUAAUAAAAAUGGCAGUAGUAUUUUGACAUCUAGACCGUCGCCACCUAUAAUUACUCAUACUGCGCCUACACCACAAGAUUCUCCAAAUACAACUUUCGAUACUUCAUACAAAGAUUUAAUCUCCAGAGACAUCUAUAACAAAAGAUUAUCAUUUUCUUCAAUUGACAAAUAUAUUAAGCAAGGAAUAAAUCAAACAAAUGAUGUUGAAAGUAAAGCGUGCAAUACUACCGACUGGACAUUAAAACAUAAUUUGAUAUCCAAUGUUAUGAAAUCUUCCAAGAAAGAUACGGAUUCAACCAAAAUAUAUCCAACAUCUAUUCCAUCAACUAAAGGAUGUGUAGCCGAUUCCGUAGGAAACGACACUUUUAUUUAUGUUCCAAAUAAUCGAGCAGUAAAAUUAAUAUCCAAAAAUGAAAGCCCCAGUUUGCAUAUCAAUGAAAACAGUAGCCACUGCUCAUCAAACUCUCAGUGUUUUGCCUUUACGAAACAGUGUCAUUGGGCUAUAAAAGAUACACAAAAAUCAUAUGAGACUAUGAAAGUAAAAAGAACGUUUACUCAUCAAGACCAUGGGACAGCAUGUAUUCCUAACGAUGUGCCUGUAAAUGCUUCAUCACCAAAAAAAAAUUCUCCAUCAACAAUUAAAAACCAUCGUAAUUCACAAACAGAAGAUCUAUUUUUCGCAACUUCUCCAAAGAAUAUUUCAAAUAUGAAGAAACUUCGGAAAAUGUUUAUCUCCCUAAACUCACGAAAUUGUCUAAAAGGAAGAGAUGAGUUGUCUCUAUAUAUUUUUUCGAAUGAACACAAAAUCAGAAUAUUAUGUAAGUGGUUUGUUGAUCAAAAGUGGUUUGAUAACGUAGUUUUACUCUUUAUUGGAUUAAACUGCAUAACUUUGGCAAUGGAAAGACCAAAUAUACCACCUGAUAGCUUUGAAAGAAUUUUUCUCUCUAGUGCUAAUUACAUAUUUACAGCAGUUUUUGCAAUGGAAAUGUUAAUCAAGGUCAUUGCAACAGGUAUGCUUUACGGGCCAUCUGCUUAUUUUACUUCUGGAUGGAAUAUAAUGGAUGGAUCACUUGUUAUAAUUUCAAUAACCGACUUAUUGAUGUCACUUAUAUCUGCAAACAGUCCGAAAAUUUUUGGCAUUCUAAGAGUAUUCAGACUUUUGCGCUCACUGAGGCCGUUAAGAGUUAUAAAUAGAGCACCAGGUUUAAAACUCGUCGUUCAAACUCUUCUCUCAUCCUUAAGACCCAUUGGAAACAUUGUACUAAUUUGCUGUACAUUUUUUGUUAUUUUUGGUAUUUUGGGGGUUCAGUUGUUUAAGGGUGCAUUUUUUUACUGUGAAGGACCUGAUGUUAAUAAUAUACGCAACAAAACCGAUUGUCUAUCAGACAAACGAAAUAUUUGGUUGAACAGAAAAUAUAACUUUGACGAUCUUGGGAAAGCCUUGAUGUCUUUAUUUGUACUGUCAUCACGAGAUGGAUGGGUGAAUAUUAUGUACACGGGUUUGGAUGCCGUAGGUGUCGACCAACAGCCAAUUGAAAACUACUCGGAAUGGAGAUUGCUUUAUUUCAUUUCAUUCAUCUUAUUAGUUGGAUUCUUCGUACUAAAUAUGUUUGUGGGAGUGGUCGUUGAAAAUUUUCACAGAUGUCGCGAAGAACAAGAGAAAGAAGAAAGAGUUCGAAGAGCUGCUAAACGCGCUUUACAAAUGGAGAAAAAGAGAAGAAGAUUACACGAGCCCCCUUACUAUAACAAUUAUUCAAAAGUACGAUUAUUCAUCCAUAAUGUUGUGACAUCAAAAUAUUUCGAUUUGGCAAUUGCGGCGGUAAUUGGACUAAACGUAGUUACAAUGGCAUUAGAAUUUUACAUGAUGCCAAAAGCACUAACAUAUGCUUUAAAAAUUUUCAACUAUUUUUUCACAGCUGUUUUUAUAUUAGAAUCAAUAAUGAAGCUUAUAGCUCUUGGAAUACAGUUAUAUUUAAAAGAUAAAUGGAACCAACUUGAUGUGGGCAUUGUGAUAUUGUCAGUGGUGGGAAUUGUUUUAGAAGAAGUUGAAUCGAAAGUAAUUCCUAUCAACCCUACGAUCAUUCGAGUCAUGCGUGUUUUGCGUAUUGCAAGAGUCUUGAAGCUACUUAAAAUGGCAAAGGGUAUUCGAGCACUACUGGAUACUGUUAUGCAAGCAUUGCCUCAAGUUGGUAAUUUGGGAUUACUCUUUUUCUUACUGUUCUUCAUAUUCGCAGCACUUGGUGUUGAACUGUUUGGACGAUUAGAAUGUAGUGAUGAAAUGCCUUGUCAAGGUUUAGGAGAACAUGCACAUUUCAGUAACUUUGGAAUGGCGUUUUUAACUUUAUUUCGAGUAGCAACUGGCGACAAUUGGAAUGGUAUUAUGAAAGACACUUUACGGGAUAAUUGUGAUGAUUCAGAAGAUUGUGUGAAAAAUUGUUGUGUCAGCAAUAUUAUUGCCCCGAUAUUUUUUGUAAUAUUUGUACUGAUGGCACAGUUUGUUCUUGUAAAUGUGGUUGUCGCAGUUCUAAUGAAACAUUUAGAAGAAAGUCAUAAACAGAUGGAGGACGAGCUUGACAUGGAGUCACAACUCGAAAGGGAAUUAUUGGCUGAACAAGAAGAACUUUUAGUUGGUGAAAAUGAAAAUGUUGAAGAAACUAGCGUUCAAAAUGUAAUAGAUGAUAAUGAAAUAAUGACAUCACAAUGGAAAAAUAAUAGUCCUCCUGAAUCUUCUCAUGGACUCUCUAAAGUUCGGUCUCUACCCUCUAAUUUUAUUUAUAAUCAUGGGUCAACCAAGAACCAAGUUUUAGAUGCUUCCUUACAUGUAUCAACGAGGAGAAGAAGAAGAAGAAGAAAGAGCACCAUACUUCAGCUCUCUUCAAAAUCGGCAAAAUUAAAAUCUGGUCAUAAAUAUAGUAAUAUGCAACAACAGAGCACCAUUAAUUCACCUAAAUUCGAAUGUAAUAAAGUAGUUUCGAAUUCAUCGAAUUACCUUAUUCCUCCCACUAUUUCGUAUUCAGCAAGAAGUAGAGAUACUUCAGCUGAUUAUUUAAAAUCAGAAAAAGAGAUUAAAUUAAAAACGCCACCUAUUGAUGAAAAUUUUUGUAUCAGUUCGAAAAAAAUCGUACAUGGUAACAAUGUGAAUAAUAAGCCUAACAAUUUUCACGAAGAUUAUGAUGUGCAAUCAAUAAUCAAUGAACGAAGACCACUUAAAUUAAAAGUGAAUGUUUCAGGACUUUCAAACUCUAACAGAAAUGAUAAUAUUCCUGUUGCAGAAAGCAGAUGUAAUAAUAUAUCAAACGAUGACAAUUUAAAAAAUUAUUCUGUAAGUUUCAGUAAUGACUUUAGUUCGAGUGGAUUAUACUAAUAGCGGUAAAAUCACUGUUUAACAAAUAUUUGUUAUGUUGAACAUUUUUAAAACCAGUAUAGCUAAAUGUUAAGUGAAUAGAAUGAAAAUGAUGUAGUUUCUAUUGAUCCUUAAAAGGAUCGUAUAAUUUUGAGAUAUAUUUUUUUUAUUUAUUUCUUGUAAACUUAAAUGUAUAUAUGUAUAGACACGUAAAACAUGUCUAAAUAAAAGGUAUUCUCUAAACAAAGAUUAUUUUUC